UCUCCCUGCCCAGCGCUGGCUGUGUGCCGCCUCACCCUGAGUUGUCCACGGCUCAGGCUCCAGCCAGCCGGGGAAUUCUUAUAUAAGGGGCUCAAGUGUCCCGGGGCACCGGGGGCAUUCUGCAUGCCUCCUGGGAGCUUUGCUGGUGCAGUCUCAACAAAACCACUGAGCUCUGGUCCUUUCAAAAUGUGCAUUUUCUGAACCAACUUUAGAACCAAGUUCAUAUUAAAAGAUCAAAUUGAAGACAACAAACCGCUCCUGCUCACAGCUGCACACAGGGGAAGCUAUGGCUUCAGUGCCUUCCAUUGGUUGCCUUCUGGCCAAAAACCAGUAUUAUCGGAAGUCCAGUAUUUCUUCAGAUAGUUCUUUAACGGGCUCUGAUUCAGUUAACUUCAUGGAUGAUGACAAAUUCCAGCAAGGAUUCCCUGAAGUGGCAGAAUCCACCUGGUGGUUUAAGUCUUUUUUCCAUCCUGGACCCGAGCUCUCAUAUGUGAGAAGCAAAGAUCCAUCCAGUGGUGGCACUCACAGUUGACACUGGCAAUCGAGAUCCUCUCCCUGCUGCAGUGCCACGGGGCAAGCCCUCGAUCUCCAGCACUGCGGCCAAUGCAGAGGAUUCUCCCCAUGGUAAGAAGAGAUCUCACUUAUGAGACAAGAUUAUAACAGUCAGCGAUACAGCAAACGUUUAGGAGUUUCCCUCCAUACUAGCAAUGCAAGUGGUAACAGCUUUGUGGAGAAUAUUUGAAAAGUGCCUUUAGCAACUCAUGCCCUUUUAAAAUAAUUAGAAUCUUCAAAUGCAGUGAUUUAUCUGAAAUAACGCUUUCAUUAUGCAUGUUUUUGUUAUCAAGAAAUUUAAGUUAGACUCUUUGUAUGUCUGUUGGGUGAUUUAGGAUCCUUACAAUUCAAGCAGCUGUGCUUCACAUAACAGCAAUGGUUUGAUGUGUGUAAAAAAAUGUCACAAAACUUGUUUUUAAUCAUAAAAGUUGGAAAAAGCAGACAUAUCUUUCAACAUAUUAUUUCUUACACUCUGUAUCAUACUUGUAACCAAUUGGUUAUUAUGCAGAAUUUAAAGUUCAUGAUGUUAAGUAAUAGUUAACAUUUUGAAAAAUUGUUUAUUCCAUAGGAAAUGUAAAAAGCAGGAUAAUUUACCAUAUGGUGUUAUUUUAGUUGUAUUAAAGAGCAUAAUUAAUAAAUAAGCAUAAGAAUAGACUGGAAGGACCUAAGCCAAACGGUAACAGUAGCUAUGUCUGGACACAAAAUUGCGAGUGAUUCUCAUUUUCUUUCUUACUUACUUUUCUGUAUCUUUACAUUUUCUAAUAUGACAAGUUUUGUGUAUAAUCAGAAAAUAAAAAUGUAAAUAUAAAAAGGAA